CUGGGGUCAGAACUGGCAGGGACGUGCCAGCCAGAGGGAGGAGGCACCAACAGGUCCCGUCCGGAUGCCGUGCCCUCGGCCUCCCUGGCUCCGCCGUCCUCGGGCCCCUCAGGGCUCAGGUCCCAGCUCCCCGAGCUCACUCUCUGCGCCCCGCUCCCCCGGCAGGGAGGGGGGCGAAGACGAUGGCGGCGAGGAGGAGGAGGAGGAAGGGGACGGCAGCCCGGGCUCCGGCCCCAUCCUGACCCCCGCGUCCCCCGGGGAGUGUCUCAUUUGCGUGUCACCCUUCGACGGCGUUUUCAAGCUGCCCAAGCGCCUGGACUGCGGCCACGUCUUCUGCCUCGAGUGCCUGGCUCGCCUGUCCCUGGCCACGGCGGGUGGCGGCGACGCGGUGGCCUGCCCCGUGUGCCGCGCGCCCACGCGCCUGGCCCCGCGCCGAGGGCUGCCCGCGCUGCCCACGCAGCCCGGCCUGCUGCCCCCGCGCAAGUGCCGCGCCGCGCGCCCGCCGCCGCCCCCGCCGCCGCUGCGCCUCGGCCGCCCGCUGUCCCGCCGCCUGUCCUUUUCCAGCCCGGCCUGGGCCUUCAACGCGGCAGUGGCGCUGGCGGUGCUGGUGGCCGCGGGCCUCGUCGUCUCGGGCGUCUACAUCUUCUUCCUCAUCCCCCACGCCGCCUCCUCCGACCCCGUGCGGCCCCAGCUCGUGGCGCUCGCCCCGGCGCCCGGGUUCUCCUGGUUCCCGCCACGGCCCGCACCGGGGACACCCUGGACGCCGCGCCCCAUGGGCCCUGACCAGGACAGCGCCCUGCCAGGGGCUGCGGAGGACGUGCUGGAGCCCGAGGAGGGCUCCGAGGACACAGCGGAGGCUGAGGGGCUGCUGGACAGGCCCCCGGAGGGCACGUGGGGGGCAGAGGCUGGCCCUGGCUGAGCUCCGCGGGGACGGGGUGGGAGGACCGUGUGGGGGCCACGGUAAAUGCAUCUGUGCUGCACGUCCUCUCUCCAGGCCUGGGGACCUCGUGUCCUGGUGGGGCCCUGCCAGGAUCACUUGCCUUGAUCCUAGGGGAGGCCUUAGCAAGGUGCAUGGAAAUUACCCAUUUCUCUGAGGGGAGGCCUUGUGGGAUCAUUCCUGGCCUCAUCACCACGGAGCAGGGACCCUCUCAAGGAGCAAGCCCUGCCUUCAUUCCCACAAGGGCCCUCUGGGAGCACCCGUGAUCCCAGUCACUGUGGGCAUCCAGCUGAGGCUGCCCUGACCCCCAUCUUUGAAAAGGUCCUUCUGGGAGGCACUCCUAAACCUCGUCUCCGUGGGAGUCCAGCUAGGGAGCCCCUCUGACCAACAUCGUGCAGGUACCCUGCUAGGGGCACCAUCAGCCCCUACGGAGGGUCCUGCUUAGUGCCCCCGCAGUCAUCAUCAGACCCCUGGGGGAGCAUCCUCAGCUAGCAGCUAGGGCUGAAGGCUCUGAUUUACUCACCCUGUGGGCGCACUGCAGGUGGCUGGAGGCCCCUAUGUUUGGUGGCAAAGCUGCUACUGCUGUUGGUCUCUGGUCAUACCCCCCUGCCUGGCCCCUUGCGGUCCUUCCCACCCCCACCAAGGCUGUGGAGCUUAUUUUCCCUCUGCUGCAUGCAGGUUCGGUCUGGGUGGGAUCCAGCUGUUUCCAUGCUGGUCUUGGGUUGUCUCUCUGCACACAUGGCUGGGGCUUGGGCUUGAAGGGGCAGGGGUGGCCUGGCCAGGGCUGAGGAGGGACACAUAGGGCCUGAGCCUCUAAGAUUAGCUCCCACUUAGUCCUGAGCACCAAUUUGCAGAUGGAAGCCUCAACUACUGCUGUGGGUCGUGGCUUCUGGGAUCCUCCUGACACGCUGUGGGGCAGCUGUGGUCACCAAGGCUCAAAGACAAGGUUGCCCUCUGGGUCAGCGCCACAUGAUUUUGGGGGUGGCUGCUCCUGGGUCUCUCUGGCCUGCUAGGAGACAUCCUGGCCUCUCCCUAGGUGCUAGAACCCCCAUCACCCCCUUUUCUACUCAUCAAUUUCUCGGGGCCAGUUAUGACACCUCCUCCUCCAGAGCUCCAUCAACCUUUUUUGGCAUCGCUGUUAUUCCCCUAGGUGAAGCCUCAGCCCUGGACAGCAGCCUACAGGGAGGGCGGCUCUUGGGUUCCUGUCCUCCUCCUCUCAGAAGCCUUCCUGGGUUAGUCAUCACAGGCAGAUGGCUGCCACCCUCUACACAAACUGAACACAGGCCUUCUGUAUCCCCCCAGGCUCUGGAGCCCACAUCCUGUCUCACUUCACCCAGGGUCAGGGUUCUGUGUUUUGUGGGUGGGAAUGGGGCAUUUUCCAGAGAGAAAUGUGACUUCUGUGGGGCUGGAGGCUCUUGUUUGAUUUGUUUAUAUGUGUGUCCUCAGUGCCUGGCAUACAGGAGGUGCCAGAUAGUUUUCUGGGGAGUGAUAGCCUUGCAGGUGACCAAGAGGCAGCCUGGGGAUGCCUGUGGGCCCUCCAGGCUCAACUAGCUCAUAGCCACCCUGAUCUAGGCAUGUCAGUGGAGCUCUUUUGAUGAGAGGCGCUGCUUCCAGUCGGGAAGCCAGAGGGGGACGAUCAGGACAUCAAAGGGGGGACGACUUGGUCAGGCUGGAGCAGGGUUGGUGGUCUAGAUUAGUUUUCGCUGACUGCUGCAACAAAUAACUGAGUUCCUUAGAACAACACACAUUAAUUAUCUUAUAGUUCUGCAGGCCAGGAGUCUUGAAAUCAUUUUUACCUCUAAAGUGAAGUGUCCUCAGGGCUAACUCCUCCGGAGAGUCCAGGAGAGAAUUUCCUUAGCUUUUCAUCUUUUAGAGCUACAUUCCUUGGCUUCUUCCUCUUCCUUCAUAUUUUGUUUUAUUUUUUAAAGUAAUCUCUACGCCCCAUAUGGGGCUCAA